CAGCAGGCGACACACUGAGCACAACACCACGCAGAGCCCUGUAGCUGGUCACCUCGGCACCAGGCAUCACUAUGGCCCAGGAGACCAAUCAGAGUCCAGUUCCUACGCUCUGCGCCACAGGUUGUGGUUUCUAUGGCAACCCAAGGACCAAUGGCAUGUGCUCCCUCUGCCACAAGGAGCACUUGUCCAGACAGAACAAUGGAGGCAUGAGUUCCAUGGGGCCAAUGGGUGGCGGUGGGCUUUCCCUGGGGUCAUCAGAGGCCUCCUCCAGGAGGAGGCUGGAGGCCACCCUCAACGCUGUGGCGGCGGCGGAGGCCGCUGCAGCAGCCGAGGACGCCGCUGCCGAGGCAGCAGCAGCGACCGCCGAGGCCGUAGCGACUGAAGUGCUCAGCGGAGGGGCGCCUCUCUCGAUGACUCGGCAGAUGUCGAGGCUAAGCCUCUCUUCGGGGGAUUGUGGAACCUCAGCCAAUCAGGAGUUAGAGGAGCCUGUGGUCACCCAGCCGACAGCCACAGCCUCCCCACUUGGCGCCGUUGGGGGGGAAGGAUCAGACCUCACUGAGCUGCUCAAGCCAAAGAAGAAUCGAUGCUUUAUGUGCCGUAAAAAGGUUGGCCUUACAGGGUUCGACUGUCGCUGCGGGAACCUGUUCUGCGGCGGGCACCGAUACUCGGACAAGCACAACUGUCCAUACGACUACAAAGCGGAGGCUGCCGCCAAGAUCCGCAAGGAGAACCCCGUGGUGGUGGCCGACAAGAUCCAGAGAAUAUGAGCGGUGCCUGCAGACCCACCCCUGACCGUACCCUGCCGAGCCCACCGCCUUGGACUAAAAGAGAGAUGGCCCCCCCUAAGCCUAGCUUGAAUUCUGAAGGACCACUUGUUGCAACAAAAAAGACUUUUGUUUAUUUUCUUCUUCUUCUUCUUAUUAUUAUUAUUAUUGAGAGAUUCAUUUUUUCUUUUUUUUAAUUUCUGCUUGUAUUGUGGUUUUUUGAGAGGGGACGUUUCGGGAGGUGUUUCUAAUGGAGGAACACGACGUAGAACGUGUGGAAAGAACAGCCGGUUGAGGAGUUCCUUCGGGGGCCGGUUGUGGCGGCGAGAAAAGUGAAACAAAAGUGUGACACCGCUCGCAUCGUGACGGCGGCCGGCAUUCAAUCGGAUCCUUUAGAGACGUCGUCGGGCCUGAUUGGGUGGUGCCGUCUCACAGUGCUCAUGGGGGACACCUUGGACCCGCUGCCUUAUGGAACUAGACUGUGAUGUCUGCGGUAAUAGCAGCAGCACCAACGCGUCCAUAACCCGCUGAGGCGUUCGGGCAGAACGGACUGUCUCGCCUCCUCACUCGUGAACAUUGUUUUCCUUGCGUGGUAAUGAAAUAAAUGUAUUGAACCGCUACACACACCCACACCCACCCACCCACACACACCACAAAUGGAGGAGUGUGUGAAAUAAUUUUUCUUUCUUUUCCUUGCUGACUGGCUCCUCUGGCCAUGUUUUGCACCUGAGAAACGGUUACGGAUUAGGUUGACUGUUUAAAAGAAAAGGAUUUCCCCUUGUGUGUGGAAUGAAGGGCUGGAAGCUGUGAUGUGCUUUAUAUUCAUUAACCUGGAUGGCGGAAGCCUUUCAGGCCCGUUAACCUUUCUUCUGUUAGACAAACCAUCCAUUGAACGGAUUUCUAUCCGUUAAGACGCCUUUUUAUCCCGUUAAUGUUGUUUUUUAUUUUUUGUUUCUUUAGAAAGUGAGGAUAACAUUGGAUUUGGUAGCGUAGGUAGGCUGAACUUAAAUUAAUUUUCACAGGUUUGAAUGGCUCGCUCUACUAAUUUAAUAUCUGUUUUUUUUUUUGUUGCCGUGGAAGAUGACACAUUUCUGUUUUUGCAUUCUUUGUAUCAAGUGAGUGUGAAUUGUGUGGAGGGACAUAGAGGGUUGUCUGAGAGCAGUUAACGUGUGCCACAGUGACUUUGUGAAUCCAUGGAUAGCAUUUUAUUUCCUUCUGUUAAAUCUGUUGUGGGUGUGUGAUCGUAUUUUCAUUUUAUUUUUUGUUUUACGUUUGUACAAACAAUCUUUAUUUAUAAACUGCUGUGCACAUAAUCUUCCUACAAAUAUUACUGCAAAUAGCACAUCAUGUAAAUAAUAAAACCAUCAGAGAUAUACAAUAAAACCAGGCUUGUUUUUGUUGUGUUAACGCUUCACACUGGAGUGUGAUGUUCUAAAGAGGCUUCCCUCAGCAACAUGUCAACAACUGCCAGGCCCGUCAUGAAUUCUCUUUCUGUGGCCAUCCCUCAUGCCCACGGUCCUGUACUCUUGGUGCAUCUUUACGGGCUCUGGGUAUGUAUUGUAUCACAUGUAACUUAAGGUAAUCAGAGAAAGCAGAAGGCCACUUAAUGUGGUAUACAUGAUUAUUGUCAUUUUAUUUAAUUUGUAUUUAUAUUACUAGAAAAAUAAGCCUUCUCAUAUCCAAAGCCUCUGUGAUUUUUGUAUUGGAUCUUGCACCCGGGUGUUGUGCAAGAUCCAAUGACUAACCGGUGUGUUUAUGUAUUAACAAUAACCUCCUUAUACUAGGAUACAGUCAAUGUCAAUACUAGCCUUGACCUCAUCACACAACCAACAGGGUCAAGCAUUUGCCGGUACACCUUCUCUCACCAUGUCCACUACCAUUUCACAAUGUGAACCACGUAUACAAUAUCUGGCCAGCAUGAGCACUUAUUAAGAGAGAAGGUUGGAAAAUACUUGACAUCACAGUUAUUAAAUUGUUUUCCAAGGUAGAGGUUAGAAAGGUCAUCCAUUCAUUUCCUGGCCUCACUGACGUGUUGUACUGGAACAAUAUCUUCUGUUGGAAGACGACCUCUCUUCUAUUAUUCAAUGUGACUCAGCUGUUCAUCCAUGCCUCCUUUUGAUCUUUUUUUUAGCAACGGUUUGAUAUGAGGUUUCUCUUCGAUUCAAAGGUGAUGUCAUUAAGUUAUACGCCUUGUCGGUCCCAGAAAUAGUGGAUCCAUGCAAAUGAUGUAUCGUUUUUGGUUGCUUCCUGGUGUGACCGUGUCAGGGUCUGACUGGAAGAAACCGUAGCUC